CUCAAUAAACCAGACCCGCCUGUGUGGACGGAGUUAGCAGAAAAGCGCAGAAAACCGAAUCCAAGCUGAAUGUCACCACAGUCUUUUUAACCAACUAGUUAAUAUAAAAGCGUACCCUAACAUCACCUCAGCGUUGUAUCUGAGCUACUUCGACAAAGACGAAACAUUUACACUUUAUCCUCCUUCCUAGGCCCACAGCCUCGCUUUAGUUUGUGACUCUGCUCGGCCUGCGAUGGAUGAACACCAGUUUAACACAACUCUGGAGGAAAACAGAAGUGUUUUUGGCGCCUCAGGUGGGAUCGCUGAGGCUCUGAGGUCGGUGGCCCGAGCGGAAUCCUGGAGCUUUCACCGCGUCUAUCUCCAGACUGCAUCACUCCUCAGUGUAGAGGACCAAAACCCCAUUCUCACUCAGGCAGAUUCCCCUGUCCUGUCCAGGGGACGAGAUGAGGACCAAGGAUGUGUGACUGAUACUCAGGACAAAAUUCAAGAGGAAACAUUUGAAGUGAAGUCAAAAUACAUCCGUGGUUCAGUACCUCUGUAUCAGGAGUACUGGCUAAAAUGUAUGAAGGCUGAAUUACAGAAGGCUCAGCAUAAAAAACUGGCAGACAUCGUUGAGGCUCGGUAUCGAUCUGCCGUGCCCUCUUCUGCUGCACCGAUCCCACCUUGUGCACCAAGUCCACCAGGACUGCAAGUGGCACCAUAUGCCCUGUGGCAGCAGCUGCCCGAAGUAAAGAGGCAAAACUUGGUUCACACACUUGCACCCAGAGAUGUUCACCGUCAGGAGGCCAUGUUUGAACUGAUUGUGUCUGAGGCUUCGUAUCUGAAAAGUUUGCGACUGGCAGUUGGACUCUUUCAGUCAUCAUCUCAGCUGAAGCAAACUUUAACUCCAGUGCAGAAUCAUGUUUUAUUUUCCAACUUAAAGGAAGUCUGCAGGGCCAGUGAGGGAUUUCUUCAUGAUUUGGAGUCUCGACUGGGGAUGAAUGUGGUGAUGUCUAAAGUUGGAGAUGUUGUACUAAAUCACAAAUCAACGUUUCGCAGAGUCUACACGCCCUAUGUCACAAACAUGAUGUAUCAAGAGACCCUUAUUGAAAAACUUCUACAAGAAAACAGGAAAUUCGUGGUGGUUUUAAAGAAGCUUGAAAAGGACCCACUUUGCCAGAGACAGACGCUUAAGUCCUUCCUGAUUCUUCCCUUCCAAAGGAUAACAAGAUUAAGGCUUCUUUUAGAGAAUAUCCUUAAAAGAACGGAGGAACACUCCACUGACAUUCCAAACCUUAAGAGUGCUAUUGAAGCUGUACGGGAGAUAGUAGUGGAGUGUGACAACAAUGUUCAGCAAAUGAAACGAACAGAGGAACUGGUUAGCUUGGAAAAGCUUGUGGAUUUUGCCAGUGUCAAGUCAGUACCUUUAAUCGUAAGUGGCCGUUAUCUGAUUCGAGAGGGACCACUGAAAAAGUUGACUGUGAAGAGUAAUCAGACCUCAGGCUCCAUGGUCUCACGGACAGACAUCUACUUGCAUCUCUUCAAUGACCUCUUGCUCCUCUCACUCAAGAAUGGAAACAGAUUCAGCGUGCAAGAUCAUGCAGUGUUUCCUGCCCACGUUCAUGUAGAGGAGUUAAAGACCAAAAUGUUGGGUCUGCCAUCUGAUGCCUUUUUGCUCCAUCUCACACAAAAUCACUUACGAGCUUCUACUGCUGUUAUACUCACUGCACAGACGAGGAUUGAAAAAGAAAACUGGCUCCAACUUUUAUCUUCAAAGAAAAACACCAUGGAAAAUACGGAGAAUGUUUAAAUAUUUUUAUUAAGUAUUUGUAACUUUUAUUUAGUCAUCUU